CCAGCACCGCGGUCAGCCCACAACUCCCCACCACCCACCACAUUAUUGAUAACUAUCCUGCCUUAAUUGAUCAAGUACCAUGUCUCAGCAACAGUUCCAACUCUUGGAAAUUAACCUCAUCACUGCUCAGGACCUGGCACCGGUUUCCAAGUCCAUGCGAACCUAUGCAGUGGUGUGGGUGCAACCGGAGCGCAAGCUCACAACCAGGGUUGACCAGAAUGGCCACUUCAAUCCCACAUGGAAUGAAAAGUUUGUGUUCAGAGUCGACAAUGGCUUCCUUAAUGACGAGGAAUCCUCUAUCAUGAUUGAAAUCUAUGCUGUGGCAUGGCUCCGAGACGUUCUGAUUGGCUCUGUCCGCGUUCUUAUUAGUAACCUCUUUGAUUCUGAUUUUGGUUCCAACACGCGUUUUACUGCCCUCCAGGUUAGACGUCCCUCCGGGAGGCCUCAAGGGAUCAUCAACAUGGGUGUUGCCCUCCUCAGCAGCACAAUGCGUAGCAUGCCUUUAUCCACCGAGCUAAGCUCCACUGCCGUGGAAUUCAAUGACUUGAUGGAUGUGAAAACUCGCAAUGUCAACGAUCAGGACAAUCACAAGCCGAAGCAGCAGGUUAUUAGACUGCGCCGUAUACAAAGCGAUGUCACAGAUCGCACAACGGAGGAAACUCCUAAAAAAUGCGGCAAUGGUGGUUCAAUCUGUUAUGGAGGAAAUGGUUCCAUUUGCAACAGUUCUGCUAUGAGCAUAUCAGAAAUUAUUACCACCACCAAGCAGAAAGAAAAUAGCGGAAGCAUGGUUAACGGCUCACUUUGUAACUCUGACGUGGGGCCAUCAGCUUCAGUGGUGGCAGCAGCCAUUGCAAAAGGGUUGUACAGGACUCCUCAGCCGCAGCAUGGCAAGGAGAACACAAUACUGAAGAAUUGGACGGAGCAAGAGAGUGAGGAAGGUCUGAGAAUGAAGCUGGAGCGAUGGAAGACAGAGCUGCCUCCUGUAUACGACCACGAAAAGCAGAGGAUGUUGUCGAAGAGCACGGAGAGGAGGCAGAGGCGAAGGGGGAGAUCAGAAUCAGGAUUGUUUUCAUGUUUUGGUAAUGCUUUUGGGUGUGAGAUAUCGAUCACUUGUGGAGGUAAUAGUAAGAGGAAGGUCAAUGGGAAUGGCAAAGUUUGCCAUCUCAGCUCAGUGGAUGGAAAUUACAGUCAAUCCUUCAUUUGAGGAAAUCCCUCUCUGAAAUUUUUUUUCCCUUGUUUAGAUUUUUUCUAGGUUAAUUUCCAUGAAAGAUUGUAUCAUGGAAAGUUUUAUUUUGCCAUGCAUGGCCAAUAAGGUUGGAUAUGUACGUAUAGGGACUGGAGAAAGUAUG